AAAGCAGCCAGUCUGUGCUCGACCGCCCGCCGGAUAACACGUAAUUACCGGCGGUGAAACACGCGCUUAAAUUAGAAAGUUCGUAAUUAUUAUUUUUUUAAUUUAUAAUAAUCCGAGUGCGCGAGUGUUAUUUGUGAUAAUUUGUCUGUGGCAGUGUGUAGGAAGUGACUGCAUGUUACAGGGAAGCUGACGAACAACGACAUGCUAAUAACAGAAACCUCGCCUCCGUCGCCGAUGGGCGACGAGAAGGAGUCCAAGAUGAGCCAGAUACAGUUCUCCCCACCACUAGACAAACAGGAAAGCACGGUAUGGCAGAAACGGCAGCAGGCUGUGUGCGUGCGGCACGCGUUCAAGCACUACGGCUCGAAUAAACGACCCAACCACGUCCUUAGUAACCUCAACAUGACCGUCGCUAAAGGCACCAUUUACGGACUGCUGGGCGCGUCGGGUUGCGGCAAGACCACACUGCUCUCCUGCAUCGUUGGCAGACGCAAGCUGAACAGCGGAGAGAUAUGGGUACUGGGAGGAAAGCCUGGUACUAAAGGUUCGGGAGUGCCAGGCAAGCGCGUAGGUUAUAUGCCUCAGGAGAUUGCACUAUAUGGAGAGUUCACCAUUAAGGAGACAAUGAUGUACUUCGGUUGGAUUUUCGGUAUGGAAACACGCGAGAUCUCUGAACGUCUUCGGUUCCUGUUAGACUUCCUAGAUUUGCCUAGCGAGAACCGCAUGGUUAAGAACUUGAGUGGUGGUCAACAGCGGCGUGUGUCAUUCGCGGUGGCAUUGAUGCACGACCCGGAGCUACUGAUCCUGGACGAACCGACUGUGGGCGUGGACCCGCUGUUGCGUCAGUCCAUCUGGACCCACCUCGUGCAAAUCACCAGCUCGGGUGACAAGACUGUGAUCAUCACAACCCAUUACAUAGAGGAGGCCCGGCAGGCGCAUUGUAUUGGUCUAAUGCGCAGCGGUCGACUACUCGCUGAGGAAUCCCCGCAAGCUCUUCUCACUAUGUACAGCUGUAUCUCACUUGAAGAUGUAUUCCUCAAGCUCUCUAGAAAACAGGGGCAAGCCAACCAAGUGGUGGAGCUGAAUGUGUCGGGAGGUGCGUUGGGUCUGAACAAGAUGGCAAAGCGCGAGGAGGCGCCGUACGCGGCGGAGGACGCGCAGGUCGUCGGCCUCAACUUCCAUCAGAGCAAGGAAGUGCUUAUUGUUGACAAUGGCGCCGGCUCUAACGGCGAUAUUCCCGGAAAAAUGACUGAAGUUGUGACGACUGAAUGCGAAGAGUGCGGCGACUGUUUAAAUUUGACAUCUCGUGGAAAGAUCAAGGCUCUGAUUCAGAAGAACUUCUUGCGCAUGUGGCGCAACAUCGGCGUGAUGCUGUUCAUCUUCGCGCUGCCUGUCAUGCAAGUUAUACUCUUCUGUCUGGCCAUCGGCCGCGACCCCAGCGGACUUAAGAUUGCGAUAGUAAACGACGACGUGAACGUAAUGGACGGCUACUGCCCGUACAACUCCUCGUGCUCCAUGAAGAACCUGUCCUGCCGCUACCUCGACCAUCUCAAGAACCAGUCCAUCAUCAAGCAGUACUACUUCGACGUGGAGUCUGCCAUACAAGCGGUCAAGGACGGCGACGCUUGGGGCGCCAUCUACUUCAACGAGAAUUAUACUGACGCUCUCGUGGCUAGACUUGCUCUAGCGGACACAGCAGACAACGACACUAUCGUAUCGUCGGAGGUUCAAGUGUGGCUGGACAUGUCCAACCAACAGAUCGGUCUCAUGCUCAACAGGGACAUACAGUUCUCAUACAGAGACUUCGCUAAGGACCUUCUUGAAACGUGUAACUACAACCCGAAAGUGGGCGACAUUCCGAUCGACUUCAAAGACCCAAUUUACGGAGACAUCAAUCCUUCAUUCACUGACUUCGUAGCACCCGGAGUUAUUCUCACUAUCGUAUUCUUCCUGGCGGUGGCUCUGACGUCGUCGGCGCUGAUCGUGGAGCGCAUGGAGGGUCUGCUGGACAGGUCCUGGGUGGCGGGAGUCUCUCCCGGGGAGAUCCUGUUCUCUCACGUGGUGACGCAGUUCGUGGUGAUGUGCGGACAGACCGCGCUCGUCCUCGUCUUCAUGAUCCUGGUCUUCGGCGUCAAGUGUAACGGGAACAUCGCUUAUGUUAUAAUGCUGACGUUGUUGCAAGGUCUUUGCGGCAUGUGCUUCGGUUUCGUGAUAUCAGCCGCGUGCGAGUUAGAAAGAAAUGCCAUACAACUGGCGCUCGGCUCUUUCUACCCCACGUUACUGCUGAGUGGUGUAAUUUGGCCGAUAGAGGGCAUGCCGUGGGCUUUGCGCUACAUCGCUCUAUGUCUCCCUCUCACUCUGGCCACCACCUCACUCCGCUCUGUGCUGACGCGAGGCUGGCCACUACAAGACCCCGAUGUCUACAUGGGCUUUGUGGCCACAUUAGCUUGGAUAGCUUUGUUCCUUGUUGUCACUCUCACCAUAUUGCGUUUCAAACGAGGAUAAAUUGUUUAGAAAGGAAUGGAAAAUUUGCUCAUUAGCGCGUAAUUUGAUUACCGUGACAUUUGUUCCACAUAUAUCUGUCUCUGACUCACAUUUUGUCUAUGUUAUACAUAGAGUAUGACGAUAUCAUUUUAUACUUUACUUUUGCAUAUUUUUGACAGCUGUAUUUGUAU